UCUCGUAUAUCUAUACAUGGUGACGUUUCUUUUGCGGUUCAAUAUAUUUUGCGAGGUUCUUGCUUAUGGCUUAAUGUUAUGUAUUCUGGGUUUUUUUAAUUAUGUGUAAAACAAUGGCGACUGCAGCAUGAAAUAACUGCAAACAUUUGUCACAAUGCACAUAUACAAUAACAAGUUUAAGAAUUAAAUUAAUCUGAGGGGUGUGAUUCUUUUCUUUUGGUUUAUAUUAAUCAAACGUCCUAUAAACAUAAACAUGCAGUGUCCAUAUUCAAAAACUGAUUCGAUCCUUAGAAUUAAUCCUCAAAAGUGAAGGAAUUAACAACAGGCCGAGUGUUCUUAAAACUGAAAUUGAUGGUUUGUGUGUAAAGAGAAAUACAUUAAAACAAAUUGUGCAACCACUUCCCUUUCACUGCAUUCGCUGUGUAUACGUUGUGCCUACUAAAAAUACUGGUUUUUACAAAAGAUUCUGACUGCAAGAACAUUGGCGUGAAGAGAAAUGUCAUUAUUCCUUACCUCUUUUCCACCGAUAUCUGUAAGGUAAAAGUGCGCAAGUGGCAGUUAGAUGAAGUGAACACAUGUUGGUUUUAAAAUAUUACCAAAUGCUAGUAGUAACAGUGUUUGUAAACUUGAUGCGUAUAAACUGUAUACGUCUCAAUCAACUUAAUUAACCAGUCUUAAUUAUCAUGAUAUAUUUUUAAAUGUUUCAAAAUCACAUUACUGUCACAUGACUACAGCUAACACACACCCUGUAAGAUGAUGUCAACUCGUGGGGUUAUAUUUCAGAUGUAAACGGCAAGACAACUGAUGAAUUAGAAUGAAUCCCGAUAUUAGUUGUACUGAAUGGUACAGUUGAUGUAGGUGUAUAAAAUCAGCCAGGGAUAGGAUGAUUUCAUGUAAAAACAAAUGUAUACUUACCCCAGGAAAACAUGCUUUAUUGAUGCACUGAAAAAGGCAAAACACAGAAACAUGACAUAUACUGAAAUGUUGGUAUAUACUUGGUCUAAAGAAUAUAUACAGCUUAAAUGUUCACAAUGGUUUCAACAUAUAUCACUUAACCUCAUAACCAUAUGAAAUCAAUAUUUGUUUCGCCUCAUAAUCAAAAUAACAUUUUCUUAUUCGUUGUCCAAUCCAUAAUUGACAUUUUUCUCCAAAUAAAAACUGCGAUUGAGCUUCAGUCCUAGAUACAAACGAAAACAAAAAGACGAGCAACAGCUAAAGUCUGCAAACAUAUACUCGUAUCAGGGUAGUCUCACAUCUAUCAACUUCAUGUGAUGUCAACUUACGUUGCGUUGCGGGCUGUGAGGAAUAAGACGUCCCAACAGCUUGGUGUGCACACAUUCACUGAACCAGGAUGUCCGGGGCGGCGGUAUAAACAAGACGAGUCCUUCCAGCUGGGUGGUGUGCAAAGCCUGACAGGCUGACAACCACAUAGCCCUGUGACAGGCCCAAGCGAACGUACAAGGUUAUUUUAAGAAGCCUGGCUCCCGUAAUAGGUACAGAUAUGCCACUGCCUCUUCAUGUUCUGCCUUGCUCACCUUAUGAUGACAAACUCAAGAAGUCUUUCAUAUACCAACUGUCACUUCAUGUUGACAUAAACAGAGAGCUGUCGCCAACUGUUUCACCACCGAUCAUUGUGAUAUUCCGGCCUCAAGGCAGUCCGAACGAUGAAUUUGAUGGCGUGGUUCAACCUUUCCUUGGUAAUUCUAACUGUAGGAACAUUAUUCUCUUCACUGCCUUUGCCACGUCACAGCGGUAUGGCCGGGGUUUCACUCCAGAUUGUGUAUCAAGCUUUAAGUACACGGACAAACUCUUUAUAACGUCCGGACAUCUUGAUACACAAGUCAACAAGUCCACAUUUGAAAGACUUGGAGAUUUCCUUGUGAACGAAUAUGAAUUUAAGCAGGUUACUGAUGAUCAAUCACAACUAGGCCUUUCCCCUGGAAGUGAUGCUAACAGCAAAGUUGACAAAUGCAAAUCUGAUGGAAGUGAUGUCACCAGCAAAGUUGACAGAGACCGCUCUACUGGAAGAGAUGUCGACAGCCAUGUUGACAGAUGCCGCUCUACUGGAAGAGAUGCUGACAUUCAUGUUGACAAAUACCACUCGACUGGAAGAGAUGCUGGCAGCCAUGUUGACAGAGACCACUCUACUGGAAGAGAUGCUGACAUUCAUGUUGACAGAUACCACUCUUCUGGAAGAGAUGCUGACAGCCAUGUUGACAGAGACCACUCUACUGGAAGAGAUGCUGACAUUCAUGUUGACAUAUACCACUCUUCUAGAAGUGAUGUCACCAGCAAAGUUGACAGAGACAACUCUACAGGAAGAGAUGUCGACAGCCAUGUUGACAGAUGCCGCUCUACUGGAAGAAAUGCUGACAGCCAUGCUGACAGAUACCACUCUUCUGGAAGAGAUGCUGACAUUCAUGUUGACAGAUACCACUCAACUGGAAGAGAUGCUGACAUUCAUGUUGACAGAUACCACUCUACUGGAAGAGAUGCUGACAUUCAUGUAGACAGAUACCACUCUUCUGGAAGAGAUGCCGGCAUUCAUGUUGACAGAUACCACUCUUCUGGAAGAAAUGCUGACAGCCAUGUUGACAGACACCACUCUACUGGAAGAGAUACCGGCAUUCAUGUUGACAGAUACCACUCUUCUGGAAGAGAUGCUGACAUUCAUGUUGACAGAUACCACUCUACAGGAAGAGAUGCUGACAUUCAUGUUGACAGAUACCACUCUACAGGAAAAGAUGCCGGCAUUCAUGUUGACAGAUACCACUCUACUGGAAGAGAUGAUGACAGCCAUGUUGACAGAUACCACUCUUCAGGAAGAGAUGCUGAUAGCCAUGUUGACAGAGACCACUCUACUGGAAGAGAUGUCGACAGCCAUGUUGACAGAUGCCGCUCUACUGGAAGAAAUCCUGACAGCCAUGUUGACAAAGGCAAAUCUGCUGGACGAGAUGCUGGCAGCCAUGUUGACAGAGACCACUUCACUGGAAGAGAUGCUGACAGACAUGUUGAAAGAUACCACUCUUCUCGAAGAGAUGCUGAUAUCCAUGUAGACAGAUACCAUUCUUCUGGAAGAGAUGCUGACAGUCAUGUUGACAAAUACCACUCUUCUGGAAGAGAUGCUGGUAGCCAUGUUGACAAAUACCACUCUUCUGGAAGAGAUGCUGGCAUUCAUGUUGACAAAUACCACUCUUCUGGAAGAGAUGCUGGCAUUCAUGUUGACAAAUACCACUCUUCUGGAAGAGAUGCUGACAGUCAUGUUGACAAAUACCACUCUUCUGGAAGAGAUGAUGACAGCCAUGUUGACAAAUACCACUCUUCUGGAAGAGAUGCUGACAUUCAUGUUGACAGAUACCACUCUUCUGGAAGAGAUGCUGACAUCCAUGUUGACAGAGACCACUUCACUGGAAGAGAUGCUGACAUUCAUGUUGACAAAAACAACCUUUAUGGAAGAGAUGCUGACAUCCAUGUUGAGAGAGACCACUCUUCUGGAAGAGAUGCUGACAUUCAUGUUGACAGAUACCGCUCUACAGGAAGAGAUGCUGACAUUCAUGUUGACAGAUACCACUCUACAGGAAGAGAUGCAGGCAUUCAUGUUGACAGAUACCACUCUUCUGGAAUAGAUGAUGACAGCCAUGUUGACAGACACCAGUCUCCUGGAAGAGAUGCCGGCAUUCGUGUUGACAGAUACCACUCUUCUGGAAGAGAUGCUGACAUUCAUGUUGACAGAUACCACUCUACUGGAAGAGAUGCAGGCAUUCAUGUUGACAGAUACCACUCUUCCGGAAGAGAUGCUGACAGCCAUGUUGACAGAUACCACUCUACUGGAAGAGAUGCUGACAUUCAUGUUGACAGAUACCACUCUUCUGGAAGAGAUGCUGACAGCCAUGUUAACAGAGACCACUCUACUGGAAGAGAUGUCGACAGCCAUGUUGACAGAGACCACUCCACUGGAAGAGAAGCUGACAGCCAUGUUGACAGAUACCACUCUACUGGAAGAGAUGCUGACAUUCAUGUCGAUAGAUACCACUCUUCUGGAAGAGAUGCUGACAGCCAUGUUAACAGAGACCACUCUACUGGAAGAGAUGUCGACAGCCAUGUUGACAGAGACCACUCCACUGGAAGAGAUGCUGACAGCCAUGUUGACAAAGGCAAAUCUGCUGGACGAGAUGCUGGCAGCCAUGUUGACAGAGACCAUUUCACUGGAAGAGAUGCUGACAGACAUGUUGAAAGAUACCACUCUUCUCGAAGAGAUGCUGAUAUCCAUGUAGACAGAUACCAUUCUUCUGGAAGAGAUGCUGACAGCCAUGUUGACAAAUACCAUCCUCCUGGAAGUGAUGAUGACAGCCAUGUUGACAAAUACGACUCUGCUGGAAGAGAUGAUGACAGCCAUGUUGACAAAGGCAAAUCUGCUGGACUAGAUGCUGGCAGCCAUGUUGACAGAGACCACUUCACUGGAAGAGAUGCUGACAGACAUGUUGAAAGAUACCACUCUUCUCGAAGAGAUGCUGCUAUCCAUGUAGACAGAUACCAUUCUUCUGGAAGAGAUGCUGACAGCCAUGUUGACAAAUACCACUCUUCUGGAAGAGAUGAUGACAGCCAUGUUGAAAGAUACCACUCUUCUCGAAGAGAUGCUGAUAUCCAUGUAGACAGAUACCAUUCUUCUGGAAGAGAUUAUGACAGCCAUGUUGACAAAUACGACUCUGCUGGAAGAGAUGAUGACAGCCAUGUUGACAAAUACGACUCUGCUGGAAGAGAUGAUGACAGCCAUGUUGACAAAGGCAAAUCUGCUGGACGAGAUGCUGGCAGCCAUGUUGACAGAUAUCACUCUACUGGAAGAGAUGCUGACAUUCAUGUUGACAGAUACCACUCUUCUGGAAGUGAUGUCAGCAGCAAAGUUGACAGAGACCACUCUUCUGGAAGAGAUGUUGACAUUCAUGUUGACAGAUACCACUCUUCUGGAAGUGAUGUCACCAGCAAAGUUGACAGAUACCACUCUUCUGGAAGAGAUGUUGACAGCCAGGUGGACAAAGGCAAAUCUGCUGGAAGAGAUGCUGACAGCCAUGUUGACAGAGACCACUUCACUGGAAGAGAUGCUGACAUCAAAGUGGACAAUGGGACAUUUACUGAAAGGGAUACUAACAAGGUUUCUCGUAUAUCUAUCCAUGAUGUAAACGGCAAGACAACUGAUGAAUUAGAAUGA